AUCCCGACCAUCGCCAUGUUCAUCUCUGUUAUCGUUUUUGUGUUUGGGUACCCGCUUUACAUCAGGAAGAAGCCUGGAGGUAGUCCGUUGAUCAGAAUGGCCCAGGUGGUGGUGGCGGCCGUGAAAAAGAGGAAGCUUGAUGGACCUGCCGAUGUCAGGCUUCUGUAUCAGGAUCAGGAGCUUGAUGCUGAUAUAACCACCGCCGGCCGUCUCUCGCAUACCAAGCAGUUCAAAUUCUUGAACCGGGCGGCGAUUGUCACCGACGGCGACAAAACCGACACCGGCCGGUUGAGACCAUGGCGGCUAUCAACCGUCCACCGCAUCGAAGAGCUGAAAUCGUUCAUUCGCAUCCUCCCCAUCUGGUCCGUCGGGAUCCUCCUCGUCCCCUCUGCGGCCAACAACUUUACCUUGGGCAUCAUCCAAGCCAAGACCAUGAACCGUCACCUCGCCGGAGACUUCCACAUCCCUCCGGCCACCCUCUUGAUCUUCUCCGCCAUCUCCAUGCUCCUCACUCUCACCAUCUACGACCGCCUCAUCGUUCCCCUUGCCCGCCGCCUCACUAACCACCCCGACGGCAUCUCCCACCUCCGCCGCAUUGGCAUCGGCCUCGCCAUCUCCAUCCUCUCCAACGUCGCCUCCGCGCUCGUCGAGAACCGUCGCCGCCGGGCCGUCCACAAAAUUAGUGUUUUCUGGCUGGUGCCGCAGUACGCGGUACAUGGUGUGGCGGAGGGUUUGGCGUCGGUUGGUCUGAUGGAGUUUCUUUACGACCAAUCGCCGGAGAGCAUGAGGAGCAUAUCGGCGGCGCUUUACUGGCUGUCAAUAUCGUUGGGGCACUACGGUAGUACGAUGCUGGUGACGAUGGUGAACGAUUUCACUAAGAAGACGAAGCAGGGGAGUUGGUUACAGAACAAUAUCGAUAAAGGGAGGCUUGAUUAUUUCUACUGGUUGGUGGCCGGGCUCCAAGUCUUCAACUUUGGAUAUUAUCUUGUCUGUGCGAGGUUUUAUGUGUUUAAGAGGUUAGAGAUCGCCGGAGAUCCGAAUCCGUCGGAGGAUGCGGAGGAGAAGGGUGGUGGUGAAGUUGAGCCAGCAGUGGCAGCUUAG